GGUCCCCCGCCACCGCCCCCUCACCCGCACCAGCAGCCCCACAAUCCUCACUACCCCAGCCUGCAGCGGGACAUGUUCAUGAAGGCUGAGCCCCUGAUGCCACCCUACGGCAUCGGGCAGGGCAUGGCACCUGCUGACCUGCACCAUGCCCAGCAGUCGCAGAUGCUGCACCAGCUACUCCAGCAACAUGGAGCAGACCUCCCCGUGCACCCUGCCAAGAAGCGGAAACACUCCGAGUCGCCCCCCAACACCCUCAAUGCACAGAUGCUCAACGGGCUGAUAAAACAGGAGCCAGGUAUGGGGUCUGUGCCGCUCAACCCUGACCGAGUCCAAACGCCUCCUUGGCACCAGCCAGGAGCGCUCUCACCAGGGCUGAUUCAAGAUAACGACAGCUUGAACGGCUCCUACCUGGAUCCCAACUACCAGUCCAUAAAGUGGCAGCCACAUCAACAGAACAAGUGGGCAACUCUGUAUGAUGCCAACUACAAAGAACUCCCAAUGCUCACCUACCGUGUAGAUGCUGACAAGGGGUUCAACUUCUCAGUGGGUGAUGAUGCCUUUGUGUGCCAGAAGAAGAAUCACUUCCAAGUCACGGUCUACAUCGGCAUGCUUGGAGAUCCCAAGUAUGUGAAGACCCCCGAGGGCCUGAAACCCUUAGAGUGCUUCUACCUGAAGCUGCACGGAGUGAAGUUAGAGGCCUUGAACCAGUCAAUCAACAUAGAGCAGUCGCAGUCUGACCGCAGCAAACGGCCCUUCAACCCUGUCACAGUCAACCUGCCACCAGAGCAGGUCACCAAGGUCACUGUGGGGCGGCUGCACUUCAGCGAGACCACAGCCAACAACAUGCGGAAGAAAGGCAAACCCAACCCAGACCAGAGGUAUUUCAUGCUUGUGGUGGCCUUGCAGGCACACGCACAGAACCAGAACUACACGCUGGCAGCCCACAUCUCUGAGCGCAUCAUUGUCAGAGCUUCCAACCCUGGCCAGUUCGAGAGCGACAGCGAUGUGCUCUGGCAGCGGGCGCAGCUUCCUGAUACUGUUUUCCACCACGGCCGGGUGGGCAUCAAUACAGACCGCCCUGAUGAAGCCCUCGUGGUCCAUGGCAAUGUGAAGGUCAUGGGUUCGCUGAUGCACCCUUCAGAUGUCCGAGUGAAGGAGGACAUCCAGGAGGUGGACACCACCGAGCAGCUAAAGAGGAUCUCCCGAAUGCGGCUAGUACACUACAGCUACAAGCCUGAGUUUGCUGCCACAGUGGGCAUUGACAACACCUCUGAGACAGGCGUCAUUGCUCAGGAGGUAAAGGAGAUCCUCCCUGAAGCUGUGAAGGACACAGGGGACCUGGUGUUUUCCAAUGGGAAGACCCUUGAGAACUUCCUGGUGGUGAACAAGGAGCGCAUCUUCAUGGAGAAUGUGGGAGCUGUGAAGGAGCUGUGCAAACUGACGGACAACCUGGAGACCCGCAUCGAUGAGCUGGAGAGGUGGAGUCACAAGCUGGCCAAGCUCAAGCGGCUGGACAGCAUGAAGUCAACCGUGAGCUCUGGGGCAUUCAGCCAAACAGGAAGCCAGUUCAGCCGUGCUGGAAGCAUGCCCCACAAAAAAAGACCCCACAAAGUAGCCAGCAAGUCACCCUCGGUUGUCCCAGAACAGGCCUGCAUCAGCCAGCGCUUCCUGCAAGGCACUAUCAUCGCCCUGGUCAUCAUCAUGGCAUUCAGUGUGGUGUCCAUGUCCACACUCUAUGUGCUGAGCUUGCGCAGUGAAGAGGACCUCGUGGAUAUUGAUGGGUCAAGCCAGAACUUUGAUAAAACGCAGAUGGUGCGAUCCACAGCUGCAUCAGACAGAGCCAGCGGCAGGACCCCCACGCACCAUGUCACAGAGGACACACAUGACUUAGUCUUCAGCUUACCUGGUCACAGCGUGGUAGCGUGCUUCAGCCCACCAUGCUUUUCCACAUGCUGCUCUGCUGCUCCCACCAAUGUCUCCUCUGUUGCCCUUUCUGAGACCAGCCCCACUCAUGCCACUAACCAGACAGAUCAAAGUCAGACCUCGCUCCUGCCAGCGACAAAUAUCAAAGCCAAAUCCAGGGGCAUCAGUGGGAAAGCGACGUCCUACACCAAGUGGCCAAAGACGCCUGACAGGUCUCAGAGCUUCGGCAGCCCCAAUGCCAGCCCCUCCUCCCCCUUCACCCACAUCCAAGGCAAAUCCAAGUACAUCUCCAACCUCUCGCUCUCCCGCAGCAACUCCCCGCUGGGGCAGGCCCGGCAGCAGCGCAGCAUCAAGCAGCCGGUGAGCGAGUGGCCCCGCACAGAGGAUCCCGGCACAAAUGGGCCAAGCCCAGUGCUGCGCUCCAUCCGGAUCGUGGAGAUCAACAUGGCCGUCCAGUCCCAGUACUGCACAGCCCCCGACGCGUGCAGGACUGGAAAUUUCACCUACCGCAUCCCCGUCAACCAGCUCACGGCAGUGAACACCAACCUGACCCUGGAGAUGAACUCCUCCUCCACUGUAUCUAUCUCCCUUUGUGGCCUUGUCUCCAGCAACCCUUGCCAAGAUGCUGUGAGCAUGAACAGCUCCACCGAUGCCAUGGAUGCACAGGAAACAACGCACCGUUGGCCUCUCGUGAUGAUGUCCUUCCAGGAGUUUACCUACCACUUCAGAGUAGCACAGCCGGGCCGAGCCAACUGCAGCGCUGCUCCUGAGCAGAUGGGACACCUUUUCACUGACUAUUAUUUUCAGUUUUAUUGGCUCUGUGAGUGA